AGAGAGAGAGAGAGAGAGAGAGAGAGAGCAAAGAAGACCGAGAUUCACAGAUGGCUAAGUCAGGAAAGAAAGGACGGAACAAAGGAGGACAGCAGAAUGAAGGACAAAACAAAGAAAAUAAGUCUGAGAAGGAAAAACCUACCGUUGCUGAGACCACCCGGGUUCGAAUAUCCAAGAUAUUGAAUGAAUUACUUGCAGGAAAUGACGAAGCGUACACGUUUGAAGCUGGCCUCAGCAAUGUUGAACGUGCUGUGGUGCAUGAACUGUGUCGGAAAAUGGGUAUGGCCUCAAGAAGUUCUGGGCGUGGCAAUGAACGGCGUGUUACUGUCUACAAAAAGAGGAAGAAAAAUAGUAAUGGUGUAAAGGGAGAUGAAGAUCUCACCUAUUUAACUUUUUCAGAAGAGACGCAAUUGGUUUUACAGGGUCUAUUUACACGCUUUCCUCCUGAAGAAGGAGAACUGAGCGAGGAAAAGAUUAAGAACCAGGAUGUAAAGGCUCACAAGAUACACUGGGGGAAAGAAAAUAGUUUCUGCAAACCAUUAAAGAACAAGGUUGAAAUUGCAAAGAAGGUGAACUCAUUAGCUUCUAGGAUGGAAAAGGACCCACACAUGAGACAGAUUGCUGAAGAGAGGUCUAGGCUUCCAAUUGCAUCCUUCAAGGAUGUCAUUACAUCAACAGUGGAAUCUCACCAGGUUGUGCUCAUAUCUGGUGAGACUGGCUGUGGGAAAACUACACAGGUUCCACAAUUUCUUCUAGACUAUUGGUGGGGUAAGGGUGAGUCAUGCAAGAUUGUGUGUACCCAACCCAGGCGUAUAUCAGCAAUAUCAGUUGCGGAGAGAAUUGCUUGUGAAAGAGGAGAAAAUGUUGGUGAUAGUGUUGGAUACAAGAUAAGGUUGGAGUCGAAAGGUGGGAAGAACUCAUCUAUUAUGUUUUGCACCAACGGUGUUAUUUUGAGGGUACUGGUUGGCAAAGGCAAAGGCAACGGCACUGAUUCAUCAAGGAAAGAGGCUUCAGAUGAUACAUUGAAUGAUUUAUUAGAAAUAACCCACAUCAUUGUGGAUGAAAUUCAUGAAAGGGAUCGCUUCUCUGAUUUUAUGCUAGCAAUUCUCAGAGAUAUACUCCCUUUAUGUCCUCAUCUACGAGUGAUACUUAUGAGUGCUACUCUUGAUGCUGAAAGGUUUUCACAAUAUUUUGGUGGCUGCCCAAUUAUCCGGGUUCCAGGAUUCACUUAUCCGGUCAAGGUUUUCUACUUGGAGGAUGUACUUUCUAUCUUGAAAUCAGCAGAGGAUAAUCAUCUUGAUUCUGCUUUAGUGAGUACUGAACUGACAGAAGAGGAGAGAGUUACCCUGGACGAAGCUAUCGACUUGGCAUGGGAGAGUGAUGAGUUUGAUCCUCUCCUAGAACUUGUUUCCUGUGAGGCAACUCCAAAAAUAUAUAAUUACCAACAUUCUUUUACUGGGGUAUCACCACUGAUGGUGUUUGCUGGGAAAGGUAGAGUUGGUGAUGUUUUCAUGCUCCUUUCUUUUGGUGCGGACUGCAAUCUAUGUGCCAAAGAUGGGACAACUGCAUUACAGUGGGCAGAACGAGAAAAUCAGGGUGAAGCUGCUGAAAUUAUCAAACAGCACAUUGAUAAUGCUCUUACUCAGUCUGCAGAAGAACAGCAGCACAUUGAAAAAUAUCUUGCGACUAUAGAUCCUGAACGCAUUGAUUUUGUUCUUAUGGAGAAGUUGUUAAGGAAAAUAUGUACGGACUCAAAGGAAGGAGCUGUACUUGUUUUCCUUCCAGGAUGGGAUGAUAUAAACAAAACACUGGAGAGACUACUUGCUUCCCCAUUUUUCAAGGAUUCCUCAAAGUUUGUGAUAAUAUCUCUUCAUUCUAUGGUUCCGUCUGCAGAGCAGAAAAAGGUUUUUCGACGCCCACCAGCUGGUUGCCGUAAAAUCAUUCUUUCUACUAAUAUUUCUGAGACAGCAGUCACCAUUGAUGAUGUUGUUUAUGUUAUAGACAGUGGCCGGAUGAAAGAGAAAAGUUAUGAUCCAUACAAUAAUGUAUCAACACUGCAUUCAGCUUGGGUUUCCAAAGCUAGUGCAAAGCAGCGAGAGGGACGUGCUGGCCGCUGCCAGCCAGGAAUAUGUUACCAUUUGUUCUCCAAAACUCGAGCAGCAUCUCUGCAAGAUUUCCAAGUUCCUGAAAUCAAGCGGAUGCCAAUUGAGGAACUGUGUCUGCAGGUGAAGCUCAUUGAUCCAAAUUGCAGAAUAGUAGAUUUCUUACAUAAAACAUUGGACCCUCCGAUUCUUGAAUCCAUACGAAAUGCUAUUAUAGUUCUUCAAGAUAUUGGGGCCUUGUCACAGGAAGAAGGGCUUACAGAACUAGGGGAGAAACUUGGCUCUCUACCAGUUCAUCCAACAAUUAGCAGGAUGCUUUUCUUUUCCAUAAUGAUGAAUUGCCUUGACCCAGCUUUGACACUAGCAUGUGCAUCAGACCUUAAAGAUCCCUUUGUUUUGCCUAUGGCUCCAGAUGAAAAGAAGAAAGCUGCGGCUGCCAAGGCUGAGCUUGCUUCCGUGUAUGGUGGGCACAGUGACCACUUUGUGGUGGUUGCAGCAUUUGACUGCUGGAAACGAGCAAAGGAGAAGGGUCAAGAAAAGAAAUUUUGUUUUCAGUACUUUGUCUCUUCAAGUGUCAUGAGUAUGUUGUCUGCCUUGCGUAAGCAGCUGCAGCAUGAGCUGAUUCGGAAUGGCUUUAUCCCAGAAGAUAUAUCAAGUUGUAGCCUAAAUGCAAGGGAUCCAGGAAUACUUCAUGCAGUCCUUGUUGCAGGUUUGUAUCCAAUGGUGGGGAGAAUGCUUCCACCAUUUGUACGUGGACAAAGGGCUAUGGUGGAGACGGCUAGUGGUAAUAAGGUCCGGUUGCACCCUCACUCCUCCAAUUUUAAACUGUCACUGGAUAAAUCUGACAGUCGUACCCUGGUCAUAUAUGAUGAGAUUACCCGAGGUGAUGGUGGCAUGUACAUAAAGAGUUGUACUGUUGUGGGACCAUACCCUUUACUGUUGCUUGCAACAGAUAUGGUUGUUGCUCCUUCAAAGCAGAAUGAUGAUGAGGAGAGUGAUGAAGAUCCUGAUGCAUCUAGCAUAGAUGAAGAUGAAAUGGAGAUGCGUACAUCAUCUGCUGAAGAACGCAGAGAGCGAAUAAUGUCAUCUCCUGAUAAUAUUGUUUCUGUUGUCGUUGAUCGGUGGCUUACAUUUAAGGCUACGGCACUUGAUGUUGCUCAGAUUUACUGCUUGAGGGAGCGAUUAGCAGCUGCGAUGUUGUUCAAAGUAAAACAUCCACGGGAAGUUCUAGAUCCGGCUCUUGGGGCAUCUGUAUAUGCAAUUGCCUGCUUUCUGUCAUAUGAUGGGCCAAGUGGUAUCUCAUUACCUUCAGAAUCUAUCGAGUCAUUGACAUUGAUGGUCAAUGCAGCUAGAAUCAACAAAGAAGCCGCAGGGAAGGAGGUCCAGUCUCAUGGUCAAGGGGGAAGCAAAGUGAUGGUACCUGAUGGUAGCAGUAGUUUCCUGAGGUCGUUGAUGAGUGAUGAUGAUGUGCACCUUAAAACCCCAUCCAUUAAUCACAAACCCAGGAGACCUAUACCUAAUAACACACGUCAAAAUGAGCCACCACCCCCUCUACUGGCCUCGGUAGCUACAAUGGCAAAUCAUUACAUUCCACCCUGUUAUCGCCAUCCCAGGGCAUCUGUGCAUAACUAUGUCACUGCACGUCAAAAUGAGCCACCUCCACAACCAUUAACCCCAAUUGCCACAGACCCAUAUUUGACUGUUACCCCAGCGGUUAACCCACAUCAGGUCUUCCCAGUAGGUGCUGACCCAUAUCUAAAUGCCCAAUCACAGGCUCAGGUUGGAUAUGGUUCAGGUAGGUUUGGGCCGUAUGGCCGAAGAGGGGGUUCUUUUAAGCGAAAGCGUGGGCCCAAACCACAAUGACAAUGAGCGUGGGAAGCUCACUCUGGGUUAUCCCCUGGACUUACAUGGAACGUAUAAGAUCUGC